CGUUUUUCGUCUGCUUACGAUCAAUCUGCAAGUGACGGGGCACCGUUACUGAGCAGCUACUCGGCGUAAUCCGCAAUCGUUUUCGACUGUUCCGACGAUUAUUCUGCACUAUGGAGUCUAAAAUACCAGAAGGGUAUGACUCGGUAAUCAGGGAGGCGUUCUUAUGCGAUAAGGCUCGAUUAUUCGACAGCAACAGACCGCUCGACGGCGGUGCCGGUGACGCAGCCUGAACGCUGCAUUUAUGAUUCCCCUUACCUCUCUGUCGGAGUGCUUGAGCAACAGGAGGCUUAAACGCCUCUCAUUGUUGAGUGAGCAUCGGAAUCAUCUCAGACCGAGUCAGCUACCUACCCCGUACACAAUGGCUCCAAUAGGUGCUUCGAUUUUGGCCGGAAUUGUCCUAUUGGGAUGUGUGAGCAGUUUGCCCGCGACGAGUUUCACCAAAGGAAUUCAGUGCAACACGGGGGCGUAUCCCCCUCCACACAAUGCCAGCGUUCCAACAGUGAUAAUCGAUCUCGAUUUACCGCCGGAGCAGCGAUGGAAAUCACUAAUCGAAGCUAAAAAGAAGGAAAUCCUGGAACUCCGGGAAGCCCUUAUCAAUCUCGUGGGCACUUUCCUGAAUGGCGCUCUUAUCAAGUUAAUUGACGACUUCGGACCGUCUCUUCAUUCGACUCUGCCUUCGCCGUAUCGAGAGGAGCUCCAGAGUCUGGCCGAUGCCACGGGGAUGAAUCUAGGCGAAGUCGUCCUGUACAAUGUUUUCUACGAAUUCUUCACGGUUUGCACAUCCAUAGUCGCACAAAACGAACAAGGGGAGAUCCUGCACGGCCGUAACCUGGAUUUCGGUCUUUUCCUGGGUUGGAAUAGUACCACACAUUCUUGGUCGAUGACCGAAGUUCUGCGGAAGAACGUUGUGCAGCUCGAAUCGAAAAGGGGGAAGACUCUUUUCUAUUCGGUCAAUUUCGCCGGAUACGUAGGGGUGCUAACCGCAGUAAAACCUAAUACUCUGUCUCUAACGAUUGAUGAGCGAUUCAACGUGAACGGAGGCUUCAUCGGUCUCUUCCAAUGGAUCGUCAUGGGAAGACGCGAUCUGCAGUGGGUGAGUUUCCUCGCUCGGGAAAUCUUGGAGUCCGAGACGGAUUUCGCCCAGGCCAAGAAUCGUUUGAGGCAAGCGAAGCUGAUCGCUCCCGUGUAUUUCAUCCUCGGUGGCUCAAAAUCGGGCGAAGGGAGCAUACUGACAAAGGAUCGGAAUCAUGCUGAUGCUGACGACUACACUAUGGAAGCCAACGGUGUCAAAUACGGAAACUGGUACGUGCUCGAGACGAACUACGAUCAUUGGGAGGAGGCACCUUUCUACGACGAUCGACGUACGACUGGCAAUUAUUGCAUGAGUCAGAUGGGACAGAAAAAUGCCACCCUCGCGAACAUUUUCAAUGUUCUUUCCACGCAGCCAAAUUUGAACAAGUUGACAGCGUAUACAGCACUGAUGAAUGUCAAUACGGGUGUGAUGGAAACCUACUUGCAAAAAUGCGAAGGUGACUGCUCUCCAUGGUGAGGCUGUGAAAGCAAGGUCAUCGACGAUCCCUUGACUCUAGGAAACGGGAGCUCAGAAUGUAUUGAAAAAAAUAAACUCUUCUUCUUCGAGAUUCU